AUGCAGACAGUCAGGCUCUGCGAAGGCUGGACUGGACAUGCACCCCGAACCCACCGCUCAAAGCUCGAGCAAGUCGAGUAUCAUGACCCCUCUGGCGUCUUCCCGCUCGUUUCGGCCGACAUAGCUGCUCGCCUUCCUCUGCGAAAUCUCAACUGGCAGUCACCGCCUAGACCUUUGCGCCAGAUCAAAUCUCUCCAUGUCGAUUUCGUACCCGAUAAGUCUACCUCGAACAACCUUCGACCGACAACGUCGCGGACCGAUUCGGAGGGACCCAACAGUUUUGACAUUGUGCGGGGAGGGCCAGAUGGGCGCAAAAAUGCGGUGAAGGAACGAAGACACCAGAUACCCGGGUUCAGAACCAGCCCCUACCUCAAAGUUUAUGUGCUACGAUGCGACGACAAGGAUGCAUACAAAGAAAGCGAUCGAAGGAAGAUACGUGAAUGGAUCAGAGAGAAUGCCCAGCCUGACUGGAAGCGGGAAGACCACGAUGCUUUCGAAUGGAUGAUUCUACACAUUGUCAUUCCUGACACGAUUGCGGCGAGCGAACCGAGAUGGCGGGAGGGAACCAGAGAUCCAGAUGAGCUGAAAGAGCGCAAGCCUGGUACCAAGUUGAUUGGGAAGAGUACUCGCACUGUCUUCGACCGACUGCGAGCAGACUUCAACGACUCGGGUAAAUCAUAUCUGGACCGAAUCGCUCAAAUUCGCAUACCCAAGGCUCGUGCACCUGCGGAUCUACUUCCAACACCAGCGGUGGCAGAGACCCAUGAAGAAACACCACAAGAGCGGGAGAAUACAUGGAACGACUUCGUCGGCAAAUUGAAGAGUCUCAUUCUGGAACCAUUCGAUCGGCGAGUGCGUCAGUACGAGGCCGACAUAACAGACCAGGAAGCUCGACGAUCCUUACCUGGCUGGAACUUUUGUACUUUCUUCAUCCACAAAGAAGGUCUCGCUAAAGCAUUGGAAAGUAUUGGCCUAGUGGAGGAUGCAUUGGCGAUAUACGAUGAGCUUUCACUUGGGCUGGAGCUGGUCCUUCGAGAGAUUGCUUCUGGCGAGGCACAAGGAACCGCCACUAGUUUCGCAGCGUACACUGAUGAUAUUAGGGAGCGUAUUGUUGGAGCUCUCGACAAAGUAACUAAUGGCACGAAUGAUGAGACGAUGAACGACCGACGCGAUGCAGAUGCAUUGUUUGACAAAGAUUACAGGGAGAAGAUUGUGAGAAGCAACAUUUCCGUCUUCGACUUCUUCUGCUACAUUUUCACGAGGCAGAAAGCAUUGAUUUUGCGGCUGGCUAAUACAAAAUCCGCUCGCGCUCAGCUUGGUGUUGAUGCAAACAAGGAGGGUGGGGAGGAUCUCGUCCUGACCUCCGAAGUGUGUUGGCGGGCGUCCAGUUUCAUCCACAACAUUGCAAGGACAUUGAGGCAGGACCUCAUGACUAGGGCGGAACACAAAGACCGUGGAGAGAGGACUGCCGAGAUUGAAGCCCUCGUCUGCUCAUGGACGUGGGCCGUGGCGGGUCUGGUCCUUGAUGAGACAGCAGCGCCUGCACUGGUUGACAUUACAAGGCUUGGUUUCGAGGAAUCCAUGCAGGCACCCAACGGAAAGCCAAAACGCCCAGUGCUCAAUUUGGGCUUGGGGGCCAACACCCAUCCACAGCGAACUACAAGCCUCCCACCGAAUGAUGUCAAACCGGUACAACCGCCGAGGCCACAGUCCAGGCCUCGGACCCAAGACGAUCAUGCCUUCAGACCAGGAUCCAGUUCUGGGGCUGAAUCCGCGAAACCCACCGGGAUCCCAGGACAAGCUGAACUUGCCACCUACCGUGCCGAUCUGAUUUCGACACGCCGCAAGAUGCUUGAGCAGGUUGCGCGGCGGCAUGGUUGGUACGCAGGGUGGGCCUUUGCAAAACGCUCGCGGACAAAGCAGAUGGAGGAAGUCAGUUUAGGAGAGACCCCGACAGACUCCGUGCUGGCCGAUGAUGAGCAGACAGCAACCUCUCAAGACCACCUUAGCCCAGGUUUAAGGAAGGCAUUGGAAGACGAAAGCAGAUUUCAAUCGACAUACGAGCGUAUAACCAAUUUCGCCAUCCGCCAUUACUAUGCGGCCACCCAGAGCAAGUCUGCAGAGGUGCUGCUUGGCGACAUAGCCAUUCUCAAAUGUCAACAACAGCAUUUCGAGGACGCCGCUUCGCAUUUUCAGCACAUUCUCCCGACACUUUCUGCAGACAGCUGGGAUCUAGUAGCACUUGAAGCACUCGGCCUCUACUCCCGAUGCUUGAAACAGUUGCAGCGAUAUGAGGAUUAUGUGCGAAACGGCCUUAGCUUGCUCGCGAAGGUGACUGCUAGGAGCAUGGAAAGGCAAUUUCCACGAGUGCGUAUGACCGCUCAGAGUGCCGGACAUAAAAGCGACGGCGAUAUCGAAACGGGCGGAUUGCUUCAAGACCUCGUCGCAGCAUCUCGAGACUUGCAACAGGAGAUGAUCCAGCCCAUGAAGACAUUCUUCCACGGGACAUACCUCCACCGAGAGAUAAUGCAUGAGUCGAGCACGGAUGGCUUCGGCCUUUCCCUACAUCUCGAGCAUGUUCUUGACGACGAGCUUGACGUCGACGAAGUCGGAGCACGUUUGGUCAGCCAUGACGAGCCUAGCCAUGAGAUUUGGGUCACAAGCGGCAAGUCGACUGUCAAGAACGGUGUGAACAAGAUCACUCUGAAGUCCCAUGCCACCGCAUAUGGUGCGUACGUGAUUGACAAGAUACAGCUACGUGCGAACAAGAUUCGUUUCGUCGAGGAAUUGCGACCACCACCAAAGCCUACUCCACUUGGGUUCACAGAGAUCGAACCACCAACUGUCACUGUCACAGAACCAGAGAAAGCACCAGCAUUCGUCUUCUUAUACCCAGCCGAACGUGCCUUGAGUGCGGAACUGAGACGCUCAAAAGACAUACACAUCGACAAGCCACGACGGCUCGAGCUUUUUCUGAACGCUGGACACAAUGACAUCCAAUACAUCGAGGUCCGCUUCAAACCAAUAUCGGCUGGUCUGAGACUUCAUCUUGCAGACACAAGCUCGGAAGGGAUUGAUCUUGACAAAGCUGAAUCUGGAAAGCCUGGGCAGCGCAGCUUCAAGGCGCUGGGUCAGAAUGCAGAAGCUGUUGUGAUCGUACCAUAUACUGUCGAACAUGCAAACACCGACAUUGCCGUGCGCCUGGAGGUUCAAUAUCAGACUCCAGAUGGAACAUUCAUUCACUUGCAAACGGCUCGACUUUCGAACGAAAUGCCCUUGGACGUCGAUGUGAACGACAUCUUCCAUCUUGAUGCACUCUUCUCGAAUUUUACAGUCCGAACGACCACCAAGUCGCCUUUCUUGAUGUUGGCAGCAGACCUAGCGGAUUCCCCUGUCUACGCCGUGGAAGCGCCUCCUGAACUGCCACUGCCCGUCACGGUCUACAAGUCCCAGCCGAUGAAGCUUGUCUACAAGAUCACCCGCAAAUCCCCAGUGGACAGCCAAACACUCAAACGCGAUGCUGCAUUGGCUCUUGGAGUUUCUUAUCAAACCAUUGAUGAGCUAUAUCUUGCUGGUCUUCGAAAAAGGUUCAGCGAUGCUCUGAAGCAGUCUCCAUUCCAGCAUCUAUGCAGACUUCUGCUUCCGCUGCUACAUGAACGCGCCAAGCAUUUUAUCGACAAUACCGAUCUCGAAACAGCUGCAUUCCUGGGGGAAGCAAACAUCCCAGGCUUCGAUAUAUUGGGUUGGCAGGAGCUUGCUGACACUCUACAAGAGAGUGUGCGGCUCCCUCUGGCGGAAUGGCUCCGUCACUGGCACAAGGACAACCUUUCAGUGACAUGGGCCGACGAUGGCGCUGAGAAGGACGCCACAAAACAUAUCACAAUCUCUGUGGAUGUGCCUAAUGUCAACACCGUCUUCAGCGCUUCCCUGAACCUGCUGCAAGCCAAGCCUCCUGUCGAGUCGACUCCAUCGGUGCUCACCCUAGGACAGCCGGUACAGGCCACUGUGCGUGUUAGGCAUACCGGGGCUUGGAGUUCGAAAAGCCUAUUCCCAUCAGUGCCAACGUUCAAGAUUCACGGGGACAGCGACAAUCAGUCCUCCUUUGUGUGUGACGUCGGCACCGAAGCGGAUACUUGGCUCGUGGGUGGUCAGCGAAGAUGCCACUUCGUCUUGCAAGAUGGAGCUGAGAACGCGUUCAAUGUCCUCCUCGUACCCUUGAAGCUCGGUGCAUAUCCACUGCCUAUGAUCGCCGUGCAGAGGGAGUCUUCAGAUCCUGACGCCAGCGAGAACCCUGAUGAUGCGUUUGUCUCUUGCGAGACGCAGUAUGAAAGCGCUGGACAAGUGGUCCAGGUUAUCCGUGAUAUAAGAACUUCAAGGGUUCACAUUGCUGAAUCCCCAGCAUCGGUUGCAUUGCCGCCGUCUCGACCAGGCACGGCGUCUACGAAAGAGCCUGGAUGA